CUGCUUCUCAAAAAAUUGGAAGGCAUGGAAAUUUUCUAUCAGGACUGAGUCUCUGGUCCUCACAAUACACUCUCUCAAACCGCGUUUUUCACUUUUUCUUCUUCUUCAUCUUCUUCUUCCUUCAAAGUCCUUUAAAACAAUCUCAAAAGCCAGUUCUCAAUUUUAUAAUCACAGAAACCACCCAAAGAAAAAAAAAAAAAAACAACCCAAAAACCCAUUAACCAUGAAAUUGUCAGAUCCCACUAACCAUUAUUUCUAUGGCUUUUUUCUUCAAUAACAACACUCUGUUUUUCCUCUGCUUCUUCUUCUUCUUCUCCAUAUUUUGCUGCUCUUUUCCAUCUGUUUAUUCACUUUCCACUGUAUCAAUAUCUGAAACUUCAAAUCAGACAUUGAUCUGUGCUUUGCUUCAGCCUAACAACAAUCUCACUUGUACUAGUUUCCCUCCUGGAAUCAAUAUUCCAGUCAAUCCCAAUGCUCCAUUGACUACGGGGAUAGUUUCUGGAAAUGGGUUUCUCUGUUCUUUGAUGUCUGAUUCUUCAUCUCCUUUCUCUUCCACUUCCAUUCUCAGUUGCUGGAGGUUCUCCGUUAAUGGAACUAAUAUGGAAUACAAGCGUUUAUACCGUGGACCACCUCUCAGGGAAGUUUCUGCAGGAAAUUCAUCCAUUUGUGGAGUGGUUAAUGGGACUAACCGUCUUGAAUGUUGGCAAUGGCCUAAAUUUAGAUCCGAUCCCGAUCAUUUCCAAGGCCAAAACUUUUCGAGCAUAGCAGUGGGUGAGGAAUUUGUAUGUGGGUUAUCUUCUACGACAUCAAGUAUCACUUGCUUAGGAGGAAAUACCAGCGUCGUCGGCAGUGAACCCAAAGGGAAUUACAGUAAAAUUGCUGCUGGGUUCAAUCAUGCAUGUGCAAUCUCCAUGAAUAACAGCUUGGAAUGCUGGGGAGACAUGAAGGGUGAGAAACCAACACGAAAGUUCAUUUCUUUGGCAUUGGGAGAAAAUCGCAGUUGUGGUUUAACAACCAAUGGUUUGGUUUCCUGCUGGGGUGAAAACAAUUUCACUUUGCCGGAAAAUCUGAGAGAGAAUCGUUUCAUUUCCAUUGAAGCAAAGAAAAGUGUUUUCUGUGGGAUUUCCACAAAGAAUUAUUCUCUCUUCUGUUGGGGAAAUGAGAUGUUGGAAUCACAAAAUUCCACGGUUUUCGACAAUGUCAUGCCCGGAACAUGCAUGAGAGAAUGCCCUUAUGGUACUCUUCAAUUGCCGGGCUACGGCAAUUUCUGUAAAGAAGGUAUUCUCUGCUAUCCUUCAAUUGAAGAAACAGCCACUUCACCAUUAUCGCCGCCAUUGUCGCCUUCUCCGCCGCCGCAACCGCAGACGAAAUCAUCAAAAAAUGGUCUUAGCAAUGAAAUGAUAGCGUUUAUAGUGUUGGGUUCGGUGGGCUCUUUGUCUUUGGUUGUGGUUUGCUGUUACUUUCUAUCCAGGUUCUGCAAUAUCAGAGGCAGAAAGGUCCACGACUCAGGCCCUUUGGAUGAUUCAACAGGAACCCAGCAGAGCCACAACCGAACUCAACAAGCUCAACCAGCACAACCUGUACUAGAGAAGAGGCUGAGCCACUUGAUCAGCAUUGGCAAUGGAGCUCAUUUGGAGGAAUUCUCUCUCGAAGUCUUACUCGACGCCACCGGAAACUUCUCCGAAGAUCAUAAGAUCGGGACAGGAAGUUUCGGCUCUGUUUAUCAUGGAAAACUGGGUGACGGCCGAGAAGUAGCCAUUAAAAGGGCAGAGGUCUCGACCUCCACAUCGAACACUCCAGGAAUAACAAGAAAACAAGAAGACAAAGACAGUGCUUUCGUCAACGAGCUCGACUUUCUUUCCAGACUUAACCACAAGCAUUUGGUUCGGCUUCUGGGUUUCUAUGAAGAUGAUAAAGAGAGAGUUUUGGUCUAUGAAUUCAUGGAAAACGGCUCUCUGAAUGAUCACCUUCACAGGCUCGAAAACUCCCCUUUGUCUUCCUCUUGGGCUGCUCGGAUCAAAGUGGCACUAGACGCAGCAAGAGGGAUAGAGUAUCUCCACGUAUACUCAAUCCCACCAGUCAUACAUAGGGAUAUAAAGUCGUCUAAUAUACUUCUGGAUGCCACGUGGACUGCCAAGGUGUCAGAUUUUGGACUUUCCUUGAUGGGUCCGGAAGAGGAAGGGUCCCACCUUUCCCUUUUGGCAGCUGGAACUGUGGGGUAUAUAGACCCGGAAUACUAUAGGCUUCAACAAUUGACUUCUAAAAGUGAUGUUUAUAGCUUUGGAGUGGUACUAUUAGAAUUGCUUUCUGGGUUGAAAGCAAUUCAUAAAAAUGAAAAUGGAGUACCAAGAAAUGUGGUUGAUUAUAUGGUGCCGUAUAUUGUUCGAGAUGAAAUACAUAGAGUUUUGGACCCUAAAGUGCCCCCGCCUACUCCAUUUGAGAUAGAGGCCGUGAAAUAUAUAGGGUACAUGGCCGCCGAUUGUGUGGCUUUGGAAGGCAGAGAUAGACCAACUAUGUUGGAGAUUGUAGGUUACAUGGAAAGAGCAUUGGCGGCGUGCUUCGCACGGCCACCACGCUCUCGGUCGCCAUCCAUCGAGUCUCUGGCAUAGUCAUGCACCCUCGGUUUCUUAACACACGGUGUGACAUGGUCAAGAUUUUAUGUAAAGGAAAAAUCAUUCUUUUUGUUAUUAUAGUUUUUUUUUUUUUUUUUUGUACAUCAUUUUCAUAGGUAUAGAAAACAAUUUUGUUUUUUCUUU